UAAAAUUACGAACCGCCCCUUUCGUCGCCCUUCGCUUCCUCCGAGCGCCAUGGGAGGAGCGGUCGGAGCGAUCCCCAUCCUCGUCGCCGUCCUGGUCCUCUCCCUUUGCCUCCAUGGAUGCCGAUCUGUCCAGGAAUUAAGUGGAGUUGCUGGAACCCGAACUCAUUUACAAGAUGAUACAAAAAAGCAUGAAGUACAUUGUUCUAGAGAAAGGAGUAGGAUUGCUUGGAAAAUUAUUGAAGAGUAUUUAAUGCCCUUCGUAGAGCAAGAGCAAUAUGAAAUUUCCAGUAAGUGCAGGCUCCAUUCUGAUAAUGAUAUGUUCCGGGAACAAGAGCAGCAUAAGAUUCAUGUGGAAACAAAUGAGUGGCGCUGUGGCUUCUGUAAGAAAAGCUUCCGAGCUGAGAAAUUUCUCGAUCAACAUUUUGACAACCGACACUAUAAUCUGCUGAAUUAUAGCCAAGGACAAUGCUUGGCAGACUUGUGUGGAGCACUGCAUUGUGACCGGAUGGUCGAGUCCAAGAAGUCCAAGACUAAAUGCAAUCCAGCAGCUGCUGCUCGGAACCACCAUCUUUGUGAGAGCCUUGCAGAUAAUUGUUUUCCAACCAACCAAGGUCAUUCGGCAAGUCGUCUUCAUGAAUUUUUCCUGCGUCAGUUUUGUGAUGCUCAUACAUGCACAGGGGGGAAGAAGCCCUUCUCUCGGGGUGGCAAGAAGCAAUCAAGUGUCCUUUACCUGGCUGUUUGUAUAUUGAUAGUGAUGUUGUUGCCUCUGUUCUAUCUAAUGGUUUAUUUGCAUCAAAGAGAAAUGAAGAAACACAUCCAAGACUUGAAACGCAUCCGAAAAACAGGGCGGAAGACAAAGCCUUCAUAGAUGAGGAAGGAUGAAACAAAUCAGCUGGUGGAAAGCUAUGGAGUCACCCCCGAAUCCAGUGUUGCAAUAUUGCCUCUGCAUGGGGAAGUUUUGUAUUAUGCUUUUUCAGAUGUGCAGAAAUAUCCUCUCCUGAUCUUUCCAUGAACACAGUUUGCCCAGAAUGCACUCUGAAUUCUGAAGCAUGCAUUCUUUGUAAUGUGUAAUUAAUUAACUGACUAGCCCUGUGAUUGUGGUGGUCAUUUUGACUUCAGAUAUUUUAUCAUGAACGGAGGUUCAAAUGAAUUAACUACAGACUACCCUUUUCUUCAA